AUGCCUAUACGCAAUGGCUGGCUUCCCCGUGAAGGGCUUACUAGUGACCCUGUUGGACGAUUCCUUAAGAAGACUGCCUUCAACCCGGCGUUCACUAUACUCUUCCUACUUCUGGCCCGCUACACAAAGAAAGGGAACGACUUGUCCAUCCUUCACGAGACUUCCCACUCGCGAAUCCGAAAGCUCUUCUAUCUCGGCCUCGUCCGCUGGGCCUCGGGCUACCUUGAUAACGGUGUGCUAAACAAUUGGACAGCCGACACGUAUGACUGGCACAAGGAGAUUGUUUUGAUUACCGGUGGGGCCGGAAGCAUUGGUGGGAAGGUUGUACAGUUGUUGGCAGAGAAGGGCAUCAAGGUCGUUGUGCUGGAUGUUAUUCCCAUGUCAUUUGAGACGACGUCCAACGUCUACUACUACAAAUGCGACAUCACCUCGCCUACCACAAUAUCUUCCAUCGCCUCCCAAAUCCGCAAAGACGUCGGCGACCCUACAAUCAUCAUAAACAAUGCUGGCGUCGCCCGCGGCAAAAGCAUCCUCGAUGCCAGUGAGAAAGAUGUGCGGUUCACGUUCGAGGUUAACAGCCUUGCACACUAUUGGAUUGUAAAAGAAUUCCUCCCCUCCAUCGUAAAGCACAACCAUGGUAUGGUAGUCACAGUCGCUUCUAUCGCCGCCUAUGUGACGGUACCCAAUAUGGUCGAUUAUGCCGCAACAAAAGCAGCAGCUUUGGCAUUCCACGAAGGGCUCACUGCAGAGCUGACGACGAGGUACGAUGCCCCGAAAGUUCGCACCGUGGUUGUCAAUCAGGGAUAUACCAAGACCCCGUUAUUUGAGGGUUAUAACAGUGAUUCUAAAUUCCUAGCACCGGCCCUAGAAGUAGAUACUGUUGCGGAGAGUAUUGUAAAGCAAGUGCUGUCUGGACAUAGCGGCCAAGUCAUUCUGCCUGGAUUCGCGAAUUUGUUGACCUUCUUCAAGGGCUUGCCGCAUUGGUAUCAAAAGCGGGCAAGGAGUCAGGGGGGAAGUCAUAUGAUGAAGUGGAAUGGAAGGCAGGUUCUUGAUUUGGAGAAAUGGAACAGGGAAGAGGGUAGUGGUGGCGAGAGCGCGUCAACGGUUUUGGUACCUCCUUCUAGCGAAUGA